AUCCUUUGGGCACUUCCAAUUUUGGCUUAUUCAUUAAGCUGACAGACCCUUUCUACCUUUAUCUCUGACGAUCAAACGCGCCUGGCACUUUCCUCAUCUUCAGCUGGUCUCACUGCUGGUCGGAAUUUCCUUCGAAGCUUCAUAUAUGGCUGCUAUCGCCUUCAACUCCGUCACAACUCCGGCCAAAUUCGCAUCACGCGGUCCAUUUUGUCGCCAAAUCUACCAAUUUCGCUUUCCCUCCAGCGUUCGAUCUUGUCCUCUCCAGCCAAUCCCUGUCUUGCAGUGCCGUUGGUCCUCUUCCUCUCAUUCCUCAGGUGCUAGAGUUCAGGUUGCGGCGGUGGAACAAGCAGAUGUUGAUGGCGCACGGAAUGUUGAAACUCCUGUUGCUGUUGUCACUGGAGCUUCUCGAGGGAUUGGGAGAGCUAUUGCAUUAACUUUGGGGAAAGCUGGUUGCAAGGUCCUGGUGAACUAUGCCAGAUCAUCCAAGGAGGCUGAAGAAGUUUCCAAAGAGAUCGAGGCAUGUGGCAGCCAAGCUCUUACUUUUGGGGGUGAUGUUUCGAAUGAAGAUGAUGUAGAAUCAAUGAUUAAAACAGCAGUUGAUCAAUGGGGAACAGUUGAUAUCUUGAUAAAUAAUGCAGGAAUUACGCGGGAUGGUUUAUUGAUGAGAAUGAAAAAGCCUCAAUGGCAGGAGGUUAUUGAUUUGAAUCUUACAGGAGUUUUUCUCUGCACACAGGCUGCAGCCAAAAUUAUGAUGAAGAAGAGAAAGGGUAGAAUAAUCAACAUCGCAUCUGUUGUUGGUUUGGUUGGCAAUGCUGGUCAAGCCAAUUACAGUGCUGCAAAAGCAGGAGUGAUUGGCCUCACGAAGAGUGUUGCAAAAGAAUAUGCAAGUAGAAAUAUAAAUGUUAAUGCUGUGGCUCCAGGGUUUAUUGCAUCUGAUAUGACUGCCAAGUUGGGUGAUGAAAUUGAAAGAAAAAUCUUGCAGACCAUUCCCUUAGGACGAUAUGGGCAACCAGAAGAAGUUGCAGGACUAGUGGAAUUCUUGGCACUAAAUCCCGCUGCUUGUUACAUUACUGGACAGGUUUUCACCAUUGAUGGAGGGAUGGUUAUGUAGAAUCAGUGGUUGGUUGAUACCCCACCACUUACCGGAUCCACCCACUCUACUAUGUAGCAGCAGUGAGCGAGCUAAUCUGGACCUUGAGAGAGUGCAGAGAAUAGACUUUUUUAGUAUCUGCUAUGAACAGUUUUAGAAAUACAAGAGUUUUGGCAGUUUGGAGUUGGGCUUCCAAGUCAGACUUAUUGUUGAACAUUUUUCUCUCUUAUUUCUAUCUAAUUUUACGCCAUGGUACUCUC